CUCGCUUGGCGGUGGCGAUGGCGAUGGAGCGCGAUCGGCAAUGACGGUGAGUCGGGGAUCGCGCGUUUCAGAUCUUCCGAUGGCUUCUCCGGAGUAGGCAAUGCGCCGGUAGGGUUUUCCAAAAUGUGAGCGCCGCAAUCUCCAAUGGCCAGGAUCGAGAGCCGCGAGUUCUAUCAUGACGCCAUCGACGAGGAGACUAGAACAGCGGACAAUAGGGCGAGCGGGGAAUUCUCACAGGACAGUAGUGCUGAUUUGGAGCACAUUCCAUUGGAGGAGGUUUUCCAGAAGCUUAAGUGCACCAGGGAUGGGCUUAGCACGGUGGAAGCUGAGAUCAGGCUCAAGCUCGUUGGUCCCAACAAGUUGGAGGAGAAGAAGGAGAAUUUACUGCUUAAGUUCCUCACUUUUAUGUGGAAUCCACUGUCUUGGGUGAUGGAGAUCGCGGCUUUGAUGGCUAUCAUCCUGGCCAAUGGAGACGGAAGGCCGCCCGACUGGCAGGACUUUGUAGGAAUCGUUGUUCUUCUCUUCAUCAACUCGACCGUGAGCUAUAUCGAAGAGCAAAACGCUGGGCAGGCCGCCGCGGCUUUGAUGCAGGCACUGGCACUCAAAGCUAAAGUUCUAAGAGAUGGGAAGUACGAGGAAGAAGACGCCUCUAUCCUUGUUCCCGGAGAUAUCAUAACUAUCAAGCUUGGUGAUAUCAUUCCAGCUGACUGCCGCCUGCUGGAAGGAGACCCUCUUUCGAUCGAUCAGUCCGCUCUCACAGGUGAAUCCGUGGCAGUGACCAAGAGACAAGGUGACGAAGUUUUCUCGGGUUCCAUUUGUAAGCAGGGGGAGAUCGAAGCAGUGGUGAUUGCAACUGGUGUGAGCACGUUUUUUGGGAAAGCAGCACACCUCGUAGACAGCACUCAGCGAAUGGGACACUUUCAAAAGGUUCUUACGAGAAUUGGAAGCUUUUGCAUCGUCUCGAUAGCGCUGGGGAUGAUCAUCGAGAUUAUAGUCAUGUACCCGUGCCAGCAUUGGAAGUACAGGGAUGGAAUCGAUGCGCUGCUGGUUCUGCUUAUAGGAGGGAUACCCAUCGCCAUGCCAACUGUGCUCUCCAUCACAAUGGCUGUAGGAUCCCACGGGCUGGCUAAGCAGGGAGCGAUAGUUAAAAGGAUGACGGCUAUUGAAGAGAUGGCGGGCAUGGAUAUCUUGUGCUCGGACAAAACAGGAACUCUGACGUUGAACAGGCUUACGGUUGACAAGAAUCUCAUAGAGAUCUUUUCGGAUAAGGCGGACAAAGAUACGAUCUUACUUCAUGCGUCGAGAGCGUCUCGCGUGGAGAACCAGGAUGCUAUCGACCUCGCCAUUGUAAACAUGCUUGGAGAUCCAAAAGAAGCAAGGGAAGGAAUUCAAGAGAUACACUUCAUGCCAUUCAAUCCAACUGAUAAGCGUACUCAAAUGACUUACCUGGACACACAAGGACAAAUGCAUCGUGCAUCCAAGGGCGCUCCCGAGCAGAUUCUCGACUUGGCCUACAACAAAGAACAAAUUGGACGCCGGGUGCAUGAUAUCAUUGAGAAGUUCGCGGAGAGGGGCUUGAGAACUCUAGCUGUGGCGACGCAGACUGUUCCAGACAACGAUAAGGAUAGCCCAGGUGGCGACUGGGACAUGCUGGGCCUCGUUCCACUCUUCGAUCCGCCCCGCCACGAUACCGCGGACACAGUGAAGCGAGCUCUAGAGCUUGGAGUGAACGUGAAGAUGAUAACUGGAGAUCAGCUAGCUAUCGCCAAAGAAACUGGGAGAAGGCUGGGCAUGGGGACCAACAUGUAUCCAGUCACUGCAUUAUUUCCCGGCGGGGCUGGACGUGACCCAAGCUUGGCCAGUGCGGACGAAGGGGAGCUCAUAGAGCACGCAGACGGGUUUGCAGGGGUCUUUCCAGAGCACAAGUAUAACAUCGUCAAGAAGUUACAGGAAGCAAAACACAUCUGCGGCAUGACAGGCGAUGGAGUGAACGAUGCUCCUGCUCUGAAAAGAGCUGAUAUCGGCAUUGCUGUGGCCGACGCGACGGAUGCUGCUCGUAACGCCGCUGACAUUGUCUUGACACUCCCUGGCUUGAGCGUCAUCAUCCAUGCUAUCUUGACGUCCCGCUGCAUCUUCCAGCGCAUGAAGAACUACACCAUCUACGCCAUCUCAAUCACCAUUCGUAUCGUCCUCGGUUUCUUGCUCAUGGCGCUGAUCUGGAAGUUCAAGUUUUCCCCGUUCAUGACGCUUAUCAUAGCCAUCCUCAACGACGGUACCAUCAUGACAAUCUCGAAAGAUAGAGUGAAACCAUCCAUGGAACCAGACAGUUGGAAGCUCCCGGAGUUGUUUGUGCUCGGUUCGUGCCUCGGGACCUACCUCGGAUUGAUGUCCGUCCUUUUCUACUGGCUCAUACACGAGACGAACUUCUUCCAAGACCACUUCUCGGUGAGGUUGAUCUCGGGCCACGUCAAACAGGAAACCGCUGUGAUCUAUCUGCAAGUCAGCGUGAUCAGUCAGGCACUCAUCUUCGUCACUCGGUCGCGGAGCUUCUCGUUUUUGGAGAGACCCGGGGCGAUGCUGAUCGUCGCCUUCCUUGUUGCUCAGCUGGUGGCGACGCUGAUCGCAGUUUAUGCCGACUGGGGAUUUGCAGGAAUCAAAGGCUGCGGCUGGGGCUGGGCCGGAGUGGUAUGGUUGUACAGCGUCGUCUGGUACUUCCCUUUGGAUAUUAUCAAGUUUUUGGUGAGAUACAUCUUGAGUGGAGCAAUGUGGGACCUUCUCACCGAGAGGAAGAUCGCUUUCACUCGUCAGAAGAACUAUGGCCGUGAGGCGCGGCAAGCUCAAUGGGCUGUUAUAUCUGGCCAUGCCGCGGCUCCAAUGACGCAGAGGCUAUCUCAGUCUGGGGCUGCUGGUGUUGCUGGGCCUGCCGAUCUUGCGGAAAAAGCCAUGAAGAGAGCCGAGAUUGCGAGAUUGAAAGACCUUCACGUGGUUAAAGCGCAUGUCGAAGCAGUCGCUAAGUUGAAAGGUCUGGAUGAUCUCGCAGUCCAGCAAAACUACACGGUAUAGGUAUGAAAGUAUUGAGCAAAGUUUCCUUUUUGUUUUGUAUUCACUGUUUUCCCUGAAUGAAUUGGCAUCCCUUUCGGAUGUGUUAAGUCAA